AUGCAACCCCCAACCCCACCUAUGACGCCAUUCGAGCAAAGGGCUACACAGGCUUUUCAGAGUGUGGGCGCCUUGCGCAUGCAAUCCAACAUUUUACAUCGCAGUGCAGCCUUCUGCAUGGAACGGUGCCUUGACACGGAGGAGUUGUACACCUUGCUGCGGACGUCGCAGGCGCCCAUUCGGUAUCGCCUCGAUACCGAUCUCGCUGAGAAGAAAUGUGCUUCGAACUGCAGUGCGAAGUGGGACGAAUUGUAUCGUGCGACGGCAAUGCGACUGAAUGAGGAGGCGGUGCGGCGGGUUCAGAUGCGGCAAAUGCAGAACAUGAUGAAUGCGAUGCAGGGGGGAGGGGUCUAG